AUGGCGGCAGAAAAUAUUUGUGCUGAUGUGCGAUUAGACGAUUUCACAGUCGAAUUAAAACCAGAAGACAUCCCUGGUGCUUCUGUUAAUGACAAGGAUAUCGGAAAGUUAAAUGUUAAUCAACUGAAAUUCUGGCUAAAGUGUCGUAGGGCGAAACAGGGUGGGAAUAAAAAGGGGCUUUUUGGAAGGUAAGCGUACUGCGUUCACACAUGAUGAUGAUCGCUAUGAUCAGUAUGAUGAUUGGGCAAUGUUUGUGUUCGCACAAUACAUUUUGCUUGACUAGUACUCGCUUUCUAGGGUGUGCAGUCUCAAUGCUAUGCCUGAAGUGAGGGAGAAGGUAUUUGACCCUGAUCCAAACAAAGCAUUAUAGGGAAAACGGCAUAAACUGUUCAAAUGCGGAAGUGGAAAACGAUGCUUCUGCCAGCUUGGGGAAGUUUCCUUCAGAUGACAGUGCUUACAACAAAGACUUCUCCAUACUACCAGUAUUUGUUCCAACAGAUACCCUAGAUCAUACUCAAAAGUGCGGGAAGUCAACCAAAAAAUCGGUUGAUGGUGACGCUAUUGCUGAUAUGUCAAGUUCGAAAGUACUUCGAAUGGUUUUAUUUGUGCACGAUAUGGAAGUUAGCAAAGCUGCAAAAAUCGUAGCAGCAGAGUGUGACAAAAUUUGUCCUGCUGGACGAAGUGGAUGUUGUUGCCAUGUGAUGGCUGUAAUCUGGAAGUUAGAGAAAUGUCCAGAAAUAGCAAAUUGCAAAAGCCUACACAGGAUGAUCGUGCAUGUACUUCCAAACCUAGGAAGUGGGGUAUCCCUGGUAGGAGAGAAGUAG